AUGUUUGCGGACGACACCUCCACACUGUGCUCGGGUAACACGACUGAAGUCGCGCGGAAGCGGGCACAACGAGCGGCCGAUACCCUGGUCAAGUGGGCCCGGGAGAACAAGAUGGAGGUGGCGGGCCAGAAAACCCAGCUUCUAGUUCUGUCUCAGAGCCACCGGGACGCCGUCGGUUGCCGCAUCCGUGUGGCGGGCCAGACGGUGGAAGGAGGCCCUGAACUGAAGUUACUCGGCGUAACGCUGAACAGGACUCUGGGGUUCGGCCCCCACUGCAGGAACCUCCGCCGCCGCGUCCGCCCUCGCAUCUCUCAACUACGACGAAUCACUGGUCGCAGCUGGGGCCUGGAGGAGAGACAACUCCGGGCCGUCGCCAACGGCUACGUUAGGGGAGCCAUCGAACAUGCGGCGGCCGCCUGGAUGCCGGCGGCCGCCAGGACUAACAUAGAAGUUCUUGAACGCGAGAUGCGUGCCGCGGCCCGAGUCAUAACGGGCUGCAUCGGGUCGGCCCACAUCCACGGAGUAAUGGCCGAAGCCGGCGUGGCCCCGGUCGCGGCGCGCCGCACAGCACUGGCGGCGAGGAUGCUGGCGAAGGCCAUGGCACUGCCCAAGGAGGACCUGCUACAUCGACUGGCCGUCGCGGACCCACCGCGGCGCCUCAAGACCGUCUGCGGAUGGCGCCAGCUGGGUCGGGAGGUGUGGCGGACCCUUGGAGUGGAGCCACCGGUGGAACCGCUGCUCCCCGUGCGCCCCCCGCCCUGGCAACCGACCGGCACGAUCAGCUUUAACCUGGACAUCGGAGCGGGGCUCCCAGCCGGAGCUGCCGCCUCCACGAAGAAGGAAGCCGCCCUACACCACCUGGCGUCCCUGACCCAAUGUGCGACCUGGGUGUGGACCGACGGGUCGGCGACUGGAGGCGUUCUCUGUGGAGGGGCCGGCGCGCUGGUCGUCCACGCCGAUAAUGACCGCACUGAGCUGAAGAGGCCCGCAGGAGCGCUCUGUUCCAGCUUCAGGGCGGAGAUGCUGGCCAUCGCAAUGACCCUGGAACACCUGGCGACACACCCUCGUGACGACACAUUGCCAAUAAUAAUCUGUACCGACUCACAGUCUGCCCUGGCUGCACUGAGAGAGGGGCCUUCGGCCCAGAGGACGGUCCAGGGGGCGGAGAUAUGGAGCCGCCUGCUGGAAAUCGCCACACCGGACCGCCACGUGACGCUGCAGUGGGUCCCAUCGCAUUGUGGGAUCCCAGGCAACGAGGCGGCGGACGUGCUGGCGGGAGAGGCGAAGGCGCUGGAACAAGAAAUCGCCUCCAUCGACGUCAACACCAUCUACAAGACUGCGGCCCGUCUAGCCAGGGACCGGGCGGCCAGGGACAGACCGUCAUACCCAGACCCGACACGCAGAGCGGCGACCGGCUGGUACCGGGAGCUGAUGGCCGCCUGCGCCCAAUGCCGGGACCUGCUAUGCGAGGCCGCCCGGUGCCCGCUGUGCGGCGAAGAGGCGGACACCCCCCGGCACAUCCUGCUCACGUGCCCGGGCCUGAUGGGUGUUCGCCUCAAAAUCCCGGCCGUAGGGAACAUCCUACCAACACCCGACGAGGUCUGGCGCAGUGACGUGGUGGCGGCCCUGGUGGCCGCCUUCAGGGCCCUCCAGAGCCGAUGA